AUGGACCUCGACGCGCUUGUAGAUGAUGGAAGCUACAUCACUGAGCGGGCAAAACUCGAAAACAAAGUCAUUCUUGAUGAACUUGAACGCAAAAAGAAGGCCCGUGCUUUAGCUGUACCAACGGACGACAACCGUGUCAAAGCAAGACUCCGUGAAGUGGGAGAGCCUAUAACUUUGUUUGGAGAGCGGGCUGCAGACCGUCGCGACCGUCUCACAUAUGUGCUCUCUCAAAUCAAUGCAGCUCGUGGUGACGAUGCCAUGCAGGUGGACGAGGACUCAUCAUCAGACAGUGAGGAAGAGGAAGAGUUCUAUUCGCCAGGCUCUCUCGAAUUACUCGAAGCAAGGCGACGCCUCGCGGAGUACUCUCUGCCUAGGUCGUAUUCUCCUCGAGCUCAAAAACGCAUCGCCCAGCAGCGCUUAGACAGUAAAAUGGACCUCGGUCGUAUCGUCGACAUACGCAAAAAGGUUUUCGCUGAAGUUCAAAAAUUCACCAAUCUUGGCUCGCAAAUAGGUGAUGAACGACCUAUCUCUCAGGUUCGUUUUUCGCCUAAUAACGAGAUCCUCGCGACUGGAAGCUGGUCUGGUAUGGUCAAACUUUGGAAUGUCCCCGCAUGCACACUGAUUCGCCCAUUAAGAGGCCACAGUGACCGCGUUGGAGGUGUUGCGUGGCAUCCGAAGGCAACCAAAACGCAGAACCCUAGCAUAGUUAAUCUUGUGAGUGGUGCGGGCGACGGCUGUGUGAAUUUAUGGGCUUUGAAUGCAGAAUCCCCCCUGGCCAUUAUGAAAGGCCACCAGGACCGCGUUUGUCGGGUAGCAUUCCAUCCGUCGGGGGAAUUCGUUGCCAGUGCUAGUUUCGACACCACCUGGCGGUUGUGGGAUGUCAACACAACCAAAGAGCUUCUUCUACAGGAAGGUCAUUCGAAGGAGGUAUAUGCAGUUGAGUUCCAAAACGAUGGCUCUUUGGUUGCAUCAGGUGGGCUAGACGCUAUUGGUCGAGUGUGGGAUUUGAGAACUGGUCGAACGGCAAUGGUACUCGAUGGUCACGUGCAGGCGAUAUACGCGAUUGGAUUCUCGCCCAAUGGCUACCAAGUCGCAACUGGCUCUGGGGACGACACAAUCAGAAUCUGGGACCUGCGCUCACUAAAAUCACUUUAUACCAUUCCGGCGCAUCUGUCGAACAUUUCCGAUAUUCGAUUUUUCCAAAUAGCUGAAAAUGUUUGGAAGCCCCCUGUGAAGACGGAUGCGGACAAAAGCAAUGACAUCGAAACCCAAGAGCGGACAUAUCGGUCCGGGCUUUACUUCGCCAGCUCUGGCUACGAUGGACUCGUCAAGUUGUGGAGUGCAGAUGAUUGGCAGCUGCUUAAAACGCUCUCAACCGACGCAGGCAAAGUCAUGUCCGUCGACCUAUCAAGUGACGGUAAAUUGUUGGCGUCUGGGACCUACAACCGCAAUUUUCAGUUAUUCUCUCCGGAAGACGUGUAG